AUGACUACAGUCAGGGAAGAACAGCUUUUGUUACACCACACGAACAACGACACAAAACUGGACGGGCUGGAGAUCAUGGCGGCUUUACAUCACAUGGGGUACAUGUUUAAACUCCAACCUCAGGAGAAAAUGGGUAAAACACCGGAACAGAUGGCGGCAUUGGAGGAGGAGAGACAGAAGGGGGCCCUCAAGCAUUUCACAGAUAUUAUCGACCGAGUCUUGGUAACGGACGAUGUUAACAGAGAUGGCUACAUAUCUUACCCGGAAUACAUGAACGCCAGAAAACGAGACUUCCACCAGUAUCAGCAACAGGUUGCUAUGCAACAGCAACAAAUGGCUCAGAUGCAGGCCGCGCAAUUCCAGCAGUUCCAGCAAUUCCAACAGUACCAGCAACAACAAGCUCAAAUGGCGCAACAACAGCAACAAAUAUUCCAACAGCAACCGAACCAAAAUCAAAUACCUAAUACGCAACAAUUCCAGCAGCAACCACAGGCCGGUGCAACCAAGUCUUCUUACGGGCAUCGCGUGGGAUCUCACCUUUCAAAAUGAAUUUCAGGAGUAAUUAACUUCCAUUCAAUUUGAUUUAUCUCUUUAUGGACUUUUUGUAAUUUUACGAGAAUAAAACUGAGUGAAAAUAUUUUUACACCGAAAAAGAAAAUUUCCAAACUACUGAGAGCUCGAGAUCAAAAUAUGUCAAGGAAGAAUGGUGCGUGCAUGUAUUUUUGUUGUGAAUAGUCUAAUUGUUUGGUUUUUGGUGCAUGUACAUGCAAACCAUAUAGUAUUUGUGAGCCUUUAAUUAUUUAAAUUUGAAUGACCAUUAAUUUAUGAAAGAAAGAAAGAGAGGAGAGAUAGGGAGAGAGAGAGUAUGAAUAUGAGAGAAUAUGAAUAAUUAUGCUGAUUUAUACAA